CAAGCACCUGACCGAAUUCAAAGAUCUGGUGACAGCUAUCUAGUUUAACCAUUUUAUUAUUUUUUUUUAGGAGAAAAUAACCAAGCUAAAUGUUAAAUAUGGUAGACUGAUUUAGAACAGCUCUCUAACUGAAGAUGUCUAUAAUACAAGUCACUGGUUCAGGGGGGAGUGUCCAAUCCGAUAGGACCCCGUUUUAUGGAGGCCGUGUGCCGCCAGAAAUUAGCCUCCUCAUCAAACCGCUGGGAAAAUGUGAAAAGCAAACAGUUGGGAAAAUUCUGCAAUUGAUUGUGUCUUCAAUGGAAGGCAAACCAGUGAACCAUGAACAAUUUAAAGAACUCUCAAAUGAAACUUUAACUGAAGAAAUCCUUAGCAUUAUAUACUCUGGACUGUAUUCCUUGCUGAAGCGUGCAAUACGCCUACCUCUCACAUCACUGAAACCAGAGAUGUUCAAGGAGGAUAUGUGUGAACUUCAAAUCCCUUCUGAAUUCCAAGAAGAUAUAUCCAGUGUUGUUUUUGGAUCAAGGAGACCACGGAUAGAAAACAAGAUUUUAGACAGCAGGCCAAGAUUGCCAAAGAUUGAGCAACUCAAAUGGAGAGUAGAUGUUGCCAUAUCAACAAGUGUUCUCAAUAGAGUAUUGGAGCCAACAAUUUUGAUGGAGAUGAAACUUAGCAAUGGAAGGAUACAUUUAUUUGAGGUCCCCGUUUCACAGUUUCAUCAACUGCGAUAUAAUGUGGCAUAUGUUCUGAAGGAGAUGGAAGAUUUGGAGAAGAAAAGCAUACUCAAGAUUCAAGAUUAACACAUAGUUAAUGGGACAAAUAUCAAGGACCUAAAAGAAAUCAAUUUUUUCUUGUUUUAAAGUUUAUUACAGCAACUUUUGAUUUAUGUAUCAAAAUAAAUCAAACAAAACAGUC